AUGGCUUCCUACUACGAGGCCCAGGGCUGGCAAGCCCCUCCCACGCGCCAGGCUUCUUGGGAACAACCUGUCCCGCCGUCGCGGUCAGGAUCAAGCUCCGUCUCCCAACGCGAUGAGGCUCCGGCUUUCUCUUCUCAAUUCGAUGAGGUCGACCGUGCGAUUGACAACCUGGUCAAGAGCGGAAAGCUUUGGGCUGCGCCUCGGAGAGAUUCGAUGCCCAUGAUGAUGGGUCGCCCGUAUCCGGACUACGAUCCCCGCAUGGCCGGUGCAAUGUCGCAGCGUCACCACUCGAUCAGCGAGUUCGACUCUCGGAUGCACCCGAAUCCCUCCCUCCAAGGCUUCUAUGCCUCGCAGCGGUUCCAGGGACGUCCCAAUGAAGUGGAACAGAUGAUGCAAGCGAAGCGUCGGAUGGCAGCACAGCGUGAGAGGGAGCUCCGCAACUAUCACCAGGAGCAACAGUACAACCGAAGCCUGCUUGCCGAAAUGUCUGGAAACAAGUCCGAUCGCUCGCUCAGCCCCGCCGCCAUGAGCGAGGAAAGUCGCCGAGAGCUUCUGGCUCGUCAACAUAGGGCCCUGUACGGCAACGACAGCCCCGCUUUCUUCCCCCCUGGAAGCCUGACCGAUGAGAACCCGCGCUCCGACAGCCAGGCCGGUGGUACCCCGACCUCGGCCACCGGAGUUCGUGGCCCUUCGCCCCGGGGUGCUGACCCCUUUGGUCUCGCACAGACUCCGGUCCAAGGAAGUGGUGAUGGGGUUUCCCCGGCUGCUACAGGUGCGGCCUCCCUGCAGUCUCCCUCGCGCGCCAACAGCAGCUCGUCGCCCAGCUCCAGCAUCAACCCUGUUUUCGGCAAGUACGAGACUGCUGAGCAGCCCGGAACCUCCACCUCAUCUCCCGGUGGCGCCGACUCUCCUUCCUCGAGACAAGCAUCGACCAAGUCGGCGGCCGGGCCUAUUGGGUCUGUAGGACCCAUCGGCAGCCGGCCUCUUCAACAGACCGGUGCGAGUCAGGCUUCCAACCCGGCCCUGAAUAAGCGUUCCACGACUCCUCUUCCUUCUCCUCUGGGAUUUGGCUUCACGUCUGGUGAUGCGGCCUCCGCCGACCGUGCAUCUUCGGUCUCCAAUCCCUCUUCCACCGCUGCCGCCGCGACCGCUGGCGUCAAGGACACUGCUGGAGGCGGUGUUUCGCUCGGCUGGGGUAACGGCAGUGGCGUUUGGGGAUCCAAGAACGGUCUGGGGGUGCAGGCCUCUGUCUGGGGCUAA